AAGCCCGCUUUCAAUCCCAAAUUUCGGGACACGUGAGCGUGAUGCGACCCUUAUCCACGAGAAAUCCAAUUGAAAUCUUGUCCGAGGUCAUGUGGUAAACGGAAUCAACCGCCAACUUCCAACUUCGCUCCUUUCCCUCUCCUUCUUCUUCUUCUUCCAACCAUUUUCUGCAAAACCAUGAUUUCUAAUCCCUGAAACUCCAUAACAUAGAAAAAUCAUCCAUCAAUGGCAAUAAUUUCCACCGAGUUUUUGCCUCAGACCCUCCCUUUCUCUCCACAACCGAAACAACACACUUCAAGACAAUCACAUACUUGUCUCAGCUGCAGAAACCCUAGCCAAAGCUCAACGGACAUCUACAGGAAGAAGAAUAAGAAGCCGCUGAGAGUUAGGGUUUCGGUCGAGACGAAAUCCCCCAAUUCGCAGAGCAACAGCGAUUUCUCAGAGUCUCAUUUGCUGAAGGUCAUCAAUAGGUCCUGCAAAUCGGGAAAGUACAACGAAGCGCUCUACUUUCUCGAGCUCAUGGUGAGCAAGGGUUUCAAGCCUGACGUCAUUCUCUGCACGAAGGUGAUGAGAGGGUUCUUCAAUUCGAGGAACAUCCCGAAGGCGAUUCGGGUUAUGGAGAUUCUGGAGAAGCAUGGGGAGCCUGAUUUGUUCUCGUACAAUGCGAUGAUCAGCGGGUUUUGUAAGGCGAAUCGGGUUGAAUUGGCGAACAAGGUGCUCGAUCGAAUGCGGGUGCAGGGGUUUUCGCCCGAUACGAUUACGUACAACAUAAUGAUUGGGAGUCUCUGCAGUAGAGGAAAGGUUGAUAUGGCUUUCAAGGUUUUGGAUGAGUUGUUGAGGGAUAAUUGCAAGCCGUCCGUGAUUACUUACACGAUUUUGAUCGAGGCGACAAUUAGUGAGGGCGGGGUUGACAAGGCAAUGGAGGUUUUGGAGGAGAUGUUGUCAAGAGGGCUUUUGCCUGAUAUGUUCACUUACAAUGCAAUUGUUAGAGGGAUGUGUAGAGAAGGAAUGUUGGAUAGAGCUUUUGAGUUUGUGAGGAGCUUAGAGGCUAAGGGUUGUAGUCCCAAUGUGAUCUCUUACAACAUCUUGUUAAGGGCGCUUUUGAACCGCGGAAAAUGGAGUGAUGGUGAGAAGAUACUGAGUGACAUGGUGUCAAGAGGGUGUGAGCCAAAUGUGGUGACUUACAGCAUCUUGAUCAGCACGCUUUGCCGCGACGGUAAAGUCGAGGACGCGGUGAAUGUGCUUAAGGCGAUGAAGGAAAAGGGGAUAACCCCGGAUGCUUAUAGCUAUGAUCCGUUGAUCUCUGCGUUUUGCAAAGAGGGAAGAUUGGAUUUGGCAAUAGAGUUCAUGGAUUACAUGAUCUCUGAUGGUAGUUUGCCUGAUAUUGUGAAUUACAACACUAUCUUGGCUGCUUUGUGUAAGAAUGGCAAUGCUGAUCAUGCUUUGGAGAUCUUUGAGAAGCUAGGCGAAGUGGGGUGUCCUCCAACUGUGAGCUCCUACAACACAAUGUUCAGUGCAUUGUGGAAUUGUGGGGAGAGAAUCAAGGCUUUGGAAAUGAUAUCAGAGAUGGUUAGCAAAAGGAUUAACCCUGAUGAAAUAACAUAUAAUUCACUCAUAUCUUGCUUGUGCAGAGAGGGAAUGGUGAAUGAGGCUAUAGGGUUGCUGAUAGACAUGGAAGCUGGUGGAUUCAAGCUUUCUGUUAUCAGUUACAACAUUGUUCUUCUCGGGUUGUGCAAAGCUCGUAGGAUUGAUGAUGCCAUUGAAUUACUCGCGGCAAUGGUUGAAAAGGGUUGUCGGCCAAACGAAACUACUUACACUCUGUUGAUCGAAGGGAUCGGAUUCGCAGGAUGGCGAGUUGAAGCUAUGGGGCUCGCCAACUUGCUUUUUGAUAUAGAAGCAAUCUCAGAACAUUCCUUCAAACGUUUGAACAAGACCUUCCCAAUGCUUGAUGUUUAUAAAGAGCUUACUUUGUCGGAAAUUAAGAACUAAGUUAUGAUGACUUGCUUUUUUGAGCCGUU